AUGGCAUCCCCCAUGAUCAGAACAGAGAGCAGCCAGUCGGAGUCGCAUACGCGCACAGAGACGUUCUCAAGUCAGACGACGUAUACAUCGAAUGGGACCUUUGUCCAGACACCCUCCUCUUCUGGUUUUCAGCAGGCUCCCAAGGUCCCCCUUGAAGCAGGGCCGGCGUAUGUACCCUAUACUGAUACAAUCCCUCCUGUGCAUCCCUUUCGAACCUUGGUUCUGUGCUUCGAUGGGACAGGAGACCAAUUCGACGCCGAUAACUCAAAUAUUGUCGAAUUCUUCGCGAUGCUGAAGAAAGAUGAUCCAGAGAAACAGCUUGUCUACUAUCAGGCCGGAAUUGGGACGUAUACUACCCCACAGAUCGCCACCCCUUUCAUGUCGAAGAUUAGUCAGACUUUGGACAUGAUGAUUGCGUGGAACCUUGAUGCCCAUAUCAUGGGCGGUUACGAGUUUCUGAUGCAAAAUUACCGCGCUGGGGACAGAAUUUGUAUCUUUGGAUUCUCCCGUGGCGCUUACACAGCUCGAUGCCUGGCCGGCAUGAUCCACAAGGUCGGCCUCCUUCCAACAUGUAACCACCAACAGGUGCCAUUUGCGUACAAGAUGUACACUCAAGCGGACGACGUCGGAUGGAAACAGUCGAACGCUUUCAAGAAGACGUUCUCCAUCGAUGUUGAUAUCGAAUUCUUGGGCGUGUGGGAUACUGUCAGCUCGGUUGGUCUGAUUCCCAGACGCCUGCCCUUCACAACCUCCAAUACGGUUGUAAAGACGUUCAGACAUGCAGUGUCACUGGAUGAGCGUAGGGCAAAGUUCAAAGCAAACCACUGGAACAAGCCAAACAAAACUGAGGCAACCCUCAGUAUCACCGACAAGAAGGCGAAAAAGGAACAUGAAGGUGGUGCGCAUAAGAAAAAAAAGGACGGGAAUGGGAAGAACUCGCUGAAGUCGUUGGAGAAUCAAUACGCUAAGGAUAAGAAUGCGGAAACGGACAUCGACGAAGUUUGGUUUGCGGGAUGUCAUUGCGAUAUUGGCGGAGGGUCUGUUGCGACAGGCGUCAAGCCCAACUUGGCUCGCAUUCCUAUCAGAUGGAUGAUUCGAGAAUGCUUCAAGACAAACAGUGGAAUCAUGUUCCAUACGGAUGGUCUGAAGGGAAUCAACUUGGACCCUGACAUGCUGUAUCCCGUUGUCCGCCCCCGACCUCCCCCAUUAUCCGCUGGGACAACUGGUCCGACAGCGUACAUUAAACCCACACCAAAGGAGCCAGAGGUAGCGGCGAACGAUGACGACUACGUCGCGUCCGAUGUUAUGGCUGAAACGGAAGAAGAGGCUGAGCUCAAGGAUGCCUUAGCACCUAUCUACGAUCAGCUCAGUCUAGCCUGGGGAUGGUGGAUCUUGGAGCUUCUCCCUCUCAGGCAUCGUACGCAGGAGAGCGAUGACGGAUCUUGGACGUCUUGGUUCUACUGGAAUUUGGGACGAGGCCGCCAUGUUCCUAAGCAAAAGAAGAAAGGGGUACGCGUUCACCGAAGCGUCAAAAUUCGGUUGGAUGCCAAAUAUCCAGAUGGGAGCCCGUAUAUCCCCAAGGCAGAUCUCAAUGAGAGCUACAUUACCUGGGUUGACUGA